AUGGUCGGAGAAGCUUUUGACACAAAUACCCUCUUUUGCGAGCAUGUUCGAAACUCAAGUGGCCACAAACACUUGUUUGUGGAUGAGAUUGCAGAUGAUAACGACUCGGUUUUCACACCAUCUCUCAACUCUGGUCACCAGAGCGCAGAAGAUGAUGUUUUUGGGCCCUUCGAACCAGAUGGAAAUAUCUGUAACGAGCCCUGUUGUCGACAUUACGGUACGGACUACAAGUGCAAGUCUGAGUUCAACCGUCACGCAGACACAGGUGCUCAUCGAACUGCCGCGAAUCUGAACAAAGUCUUGCUCUCGGGCAUCCCAACUACCUCCGCGCUCCAGGCCGAGCAGGAAGGUCUUCGUUCAUUCCGCUGCACUUCCCGCCGCUGCCACCGACACGGGGAAGUCUUUAGUACGGCAAAAUCAUUUUUCAACCACCUGAAAGACGAAGAACAUCGUGAUGGAUGGUAUGUCAAAUUCGACGACGACGACCUCAAUUACAGUAGCGAUAGAGAUGUCUUGCCCGGAAUUCAGUUCUAUGCCGGCGGCAAAAAGGGCAGAUGCGUCAACGAGAAAUGCCCCCGGUUUCGUUUCCAGUUUGACUCUUAUGCCGCUAUGAAGCAGCAUAGCAGAUCACUCGGUCACGCCCGGGCGGAAGAAUACAUGGGGUUUACAGACGCGGACGAAUCAGGCGAAGAAGUCUGGAAGAAGAGCGCGGUACACGGCAUGGAGGUUGCGGAGGAUGGAUUACUCUGGAAAUGCACCAAGCAAGGCUGCAAGAAGUUCAAUGUUGUCAUCAAAGGGCUUGGAAAUGCCAAGAGUCACUACAACUCUGAUACUCACCUCAUGGCUGCGGAGGAGGUCGCCACUUCAUCUGAUGAGUCCGUCGAACAUAUCGAAGGCAUGGAGUCCUUGAAAGACGGCGACGGCUGGAGAUGCCUCAAGCGCGGUUGCCGGAAAUUCAACAAACUAUUCUCGCAUCUGGGCAAUGCCAAGAAGCACGCCAGCGGUGACAGCCAUGCCUUAGCCGAGGAGCCUGACUCUGCAGAUGAGAAUCUCGACGGGUUGGAGUACUCAAUGGAGGAAGGUGUCUGGACCUGCGUUAAACCUGGCUGCAAGCGAAUGAACUCCACCUACCAGCAUCUGGCCAGCGCCCGAAAACACGCCAAUGCUAACUUUCAUGCUCUGGCUGAGGAACCUGCGGAGGAAAUCGUGGAGGACAUCGAGGGCAUGAUGGUUCUGGAUGGGGUGAAUGCUUACAUGUGCAUCAAGUUCGGCUGCAAAGGCUCAGGCAAAACCUACUCCAACGUCCGCUCAGCCAAGUUGCAUGCGAACGCUAGACCUCACAUGACGGCUGGCGAGGUUUCAGCUUUCAUGCCCAGUCAGUUCAACAUGGACUUGUUUGCAACCCCGACGCGAACUCCGAGGAACCUACUGCUCACGCCCAUGGAGACUGAGGAGUCGACCAUUGUUGUCACCCCGGGGAGCCCUUCUGCUGGUCGUGGAAGCAACCCUGCGGGCCAUGCAACAGGCGCACGAAGCAAUGCCUCUGCUCGGACUGCGAAGGCGAUUCGACUACGAGGGCCUUCGAUUAAUAAGCAGGAAGAGCUUGAGAGAAAAAAUCGAGAACUAGAAAGUCGUGUCGCCAAGCUAGAGAUGCAGAUUGGCCAGGUUCUUGGUUUGCAGAGUCCUCAAAUCCAGAACAAUGCGCACUAUGAGAACUCUCAGAUUCAUCAGAGUUCCCAGAUUCAUCAGGGUCCCGAGAUUCACCAGAGUUCCCGGGUAUAUCAGAGUGCAGAGUUGUUUCAGCAGAUGCCUGAGGCUCCUCAGACUUCUGAGACUACAUGCGCGCGUGUUGAAGGUUUAUUCAAGUUCGUGCGGCCAGCGUACCGUCCUAAGAUGUCAAUGCCCGUUGACGAGGAUGAACUGUGA